UCAUCUUCUUUGACUUGGCUUGGAAACUCCGUAUCAACUUCCCUUACUUGUAUAUCGUCGCCUCUAUGAUGCUCAACGUCCGGCUGCAGGUCCAUAUUGAAAUCCACUGAUUCAUGACCUAUGCUGCUCUUCAAAGGCAUUCCAGCAGCCCCUGCAGUUCUACACAAUGCAGAGCUUUCAGGAGAAGCAAACCUCACAAAUCUCUUGCAUGAACCUGGGAAAGGAAAAUGACUUAGGAGCUGGACAGGUAUGCAGAAGUGCUCUCAGUCAGCAGGAUGAGAUUCUUCAUCUUCCAUCGAUCCAUUCGUUAAUGAACAAUACUGAGGAGGAAAAUGGGAAUUUACAGCAAGAGUUGUUUUCUCUGAAGAUCAGGAACUGUGCUGUCUUUAGAGCUGUGCCGCUGCCUCACAUUGCCAGAAAAAUGGCACCUUGUCCCAGUGAUUCAGGGGCCAGGCACACCAAGAAAUUUCUGGGCCUGCUUUCCCCCCCGGAACCAGAUGCAUUGGAGAAGGUUUUUUGUUGCCUUGAUCACACUCUGGCAGCAGACUGGCUGAGGAAAGCGCAUAGUUUAAUCAGGGACUUGGGCACCUGGAGCUGCUGCGGGGAUAACUUUGUUCAGUUUGCACACUUUUGGCUGUCGGAGCUCCAGCAAAAUCAGAAGCAGCAGUUGUUGGAACUGGAAAUGGGUAUUAUCAAGAACGAACUUCGCCUUGCGCUUCUUCAGGGAUCGGACUCCAAGGAGCUUCAGCCUUUCGAUUUUAAUGCCAUCCUGGCUUCAGCGCUGAGUGAAUACCCAACAGAACUUGUCAGCAGCCAGAGUUCAUGUGUUUUCCUUGACUACUUAAACUUCAUGGCUUUGGAUCAAACUCCUGGAUAUAAGAAAAUGCUUUCGAGUAUACAGUACGCGUCCAAGAACCUGCAGAUAGCCCAGUGGUUGCUAGUUAUACGAGCAUUUGUUCUUGCAAAUCUCUGGCAUGCAAUAGUGAAGUUCUAUAAGGCAUUGGUCAGUACCCAGAUCUCUUCCGAGCAACAUGUCGAGAGUUCUGUUUCCGCUCCUGAAAAGCAAUCCUGUGAUGUAGUUAAAGAAAGGUAAGAGAACUUGCAUCCCGAGAGAGAGAGAAAUAACCUUCAGUAGACUUAUUUUACUGCCUAUUUGUGUUUAAUAGAACUGAUACCAGAGUUGUAUUGCUUUAACUGAAGGCAUUGGGCCUGAUCUGCCGGGCUCUGUAAGUCUCAACAGAACUUGCACAGGAGUGAAGUUCUUCGUGGACAAUGACCAUCAACUUUAAAGCCAGACAAUGAUUUUAUGUAACCUUGAACUCUGAAUAUGUGCCUGUACUAAGUUUUAUAUGUAAUGCCAAAAACCACAGUGUAAUAAUGAUGAAGCUCUUAUGUGUUUUACCUUGUUUUUAGUUUCUUUUUUUUUUCUCAGAACACGCAAAGCUUUACAUAAGGGACUUUCUUCAUUUUUAAAUAACGGUGUGCAGUGGUAGUGCUUUUGAAAUCAUGGCAAAAGCUCCAAGGGGCUGAAAUGUCUAUGGUGCAGAGACUUUGCUUCAUAGAGCAAGGAGAAAGUGCAGAGGACCGUUUCAAUAUUCUGUACCUCUGUAAGAUAUCACUCUUCAGACACCCCUUUGCUCAGUUCAGUGGUACUUGUACAGAAGUCCCCAUAAAAUUAAUUGAACCCAGGCUAUAGUUCUUGUUUUCAAUAACUGUGUGUAGAAGGCAUCUGCUUUUUUAAAACACUAACAUUUUAAUGGGCUCACUCCAGUUAAGAGAGGAUACUGAACCUGUUUGUGAAUAAAUCAUACAGUGUUCUCCUCCCACCCCAUAUGCACGGGCACAUGCGCAUGGUGUCAUUGAAAAGAACAGUACGCCUAUUGGCGACUUCCAUGUUGCCAUACGUCCCUCUGUCUGGAUGGGGACAUAGGAUAUGCUCAUGGACUUCUCACUCCCUGCAGCAUACCUUUGCACUACCUAAAUUGUGUAUCUGUUGCCUCUUCUGUUAGGGGACAACAGGAAUCUGUUGAACUUGCCUCUGUGGAUGUCAUGCCCGCACUCAACUGGUUUAAAAAGAAAAGGGAAUUAAUGCCUGAUACUUGUGAACUAAAUUUUUAAGAUCUGACAUGGCACCUGCUGGGAAAGAUGCAAGCAUUUCUGUAACAAGCUGGAGCUUUUUUUAAAAAAUAGAAGAAAAAUGUAUUUGUUUAGUACAAAUGUGUGCAUUUGUUGAAACUGGUGUUGGAAUUACUCAGUUAAGCCACAGGAGGGAGUUAGCGGUCAAUGUUUGAAUCCCAAUGUGGGGUUUUUCUUUUUUUCUGGUAGACUUUUUCAGGAGCCUAAGGCCAUCUUUCAAAUAUGUUGAAUUAAAAAAAAAAACAAAACGUUUUCACCAUUGUAAUGACAAUUGGUUUUGUGUGUCCAUACGAAGGCAAAACAUUCGUUGUGAUGGUUUAACACUUGAACACAAAAUGCCUCUUAAUGGUCAUAUGAACUUGUGUUUCGAAGGAAAAAUAAAAAAACUCUG